AUGGCUUCGCUAGCGGCAGCUCAAGUACAGGAAGUGCGAUCGAUAACUCGUAUCGAACGUAUUGGGGCACAUUCACAUAUCCGUGGUUUGGGGCUUGAUGAUGCUUUGGAGCCGCGAGCCAUCUCCCAGGGUAUGGUCGGGCAGAAGAUGGCCAGGAAGGCGGCUGGGGUCAUCCUGCAGAUGAUUCGAGAAGGUAAAAUAGCUGGACGCGCGGUUUUGUUGGCUGGUCAGCCAGGUACGGGGAAGACAGCCAUCGCUAUGGGUCUCGCUCAAGCUCUCGGACCUGAUACUCCAUUCACAAGCAUGGCUGGUUCCGAGAUUUACUCGUUGGAAAUGAGCAAAACGGAAGCACUCACACAAGCUAUAAGGAAAUCUAUUGGAAUAAGAAUUAAAGAAGAAUCUGAGAUCAUAGAAGGUGAAGUGGUUGAGGUAGUUGUUGAACGAGCAGCAGGUGGGGGAGGCGCUCGGUCUGGAAGAUUGACACUCAAGACAUCGGACAUGGAAACAAAUUAUGAUAUGGGGGCGAAGAUGAUUGAUUCACUGUUGAAGGAAAAGGUGCAAGCCGGCGAUGUCAUUACCAUAGACAAAGCUACCGGAAAAAUAAAUAAACUGGGUAGGAGUUUUGCUCGAGCCAGAGAUUAUGAUGCUACAGGCCAGCAGGCGAGAUUCGUCCAGUGUCCUGAAGGAGAGCUCCAGAAAAGGAAGGAAGUGGUGCAUACUGUGACCCUACACGAAGUAGAUGUUAUUAACUCUAGGACACACGGCUUCCUGGCUCUAUUCUCAGGUGACACCGGAGAAAUAAAGUCUGAAAUUCGUGAACAAAUCAACGGAAAAGUUGCCGAAUGGAGGGAGGAGGGUAAAGCUGAAAUGAUUCCUGGUGUGCUGUUCAUUGAUGAGGCUCAUAUGCUGGACAUAGAAUGCUUCUCAUUCCUCAACCGGGCACUCGAAUCUGAGACAGCCCCCGUAGUGAUUAUGGCUACCAACCGAGGAAUUACUCGGAUAAGAGGCACUAAUUAUAAAAGCCCGCACGGAAUACCGCUUGAUUUGUUGGACAGAAUGAUUAUUGUACCCACCACACCGUACUCACACCAAGAACUGCGGGAGAUAUUGAAUAUACGGUGUGAGGAGGAAGAUUGUCAGAUGUCUAGCGAUGCUUUGACUGUACUAACAAGAGUGGCUACCGAGACCUCUUUGAGAUAUGCUAUACAACUGGUCACUACAGCAUCACUUGUAGCCAGGAGACGGAGAGCUGCUGAGGUCAGUAUGGAGGAUGUGAAGAAGGUGUACUCAUUGUUCCUCGAUGAGCAUCGCUCGGAACAGUUCCUGAAGGAAUAUCAGGAUGAGUUUAUGUUCAAUGAUGGCUCUGGUGUUGAGAACAAAAAGUAUCAGUUGCUAGAUUAA